AAAGCCUUUACUUUGGGACACCUGGGUCAUAUUUGCACUGAGAAGACGUCGGGAAUUACGGAGUUUAGGCGGCGAUGCUAAAUCUGUGAGGGGAAAGAACCGAGAAACGCAGACUGGGAAGCUGCCUUAUCCUUCACCGUUUUAUUUUGGCCGGGGGAACAUAUUUCUGUUUGCGAAGAUGUUUUCGCGCCUGUUAACCAUCACUUGGUUUAUUAUAACGAUCGCAUCCGCUCCAAUGACUGCGGACAUAAAUACCGCGAUUUCCGUUACCGAUCCAGCGGAAUCGACUGUGCUGCCCGGGACACUUGGGCCACCCACGUCGGACACUGCCCAAGUCUCAGUGGACUCCGUUACCGCUGGCUACGGCACUACGGAAACAGGACUGACUGAUGGGUACAGCCCUGUAUCAUCCUCGACAUUAACAGAAACUCACUCUGCUAGCCCUCUGACUAACUCUAAUUGGGUCUCAAUGGAUGUGAUCACAGAGUCUGAACAUAAUUCUUUAGCAUCCUCAAUAUCACCAGGAAGUACCUCUUCCAGUCCUGUUAGUAGCACUGUUUGGGUCCCCAUGGAUGUAGUCACAACAGCUGUCUAUGGCCCCGUAGUGUCUGCCACAUCUCCAGAAAAUAAUGCCACUAUAAUUGAGAGUACCUCUGAGUAUGUUGCUAUAGAAACGACUACUGUCCGCAUUAGUACAACAUCUCCUGUGACUCCCGGCUUUGAUUUGAAUACCAGUACCCCUAAGGAUAUGGCAAGUUCAGUCACUGUGGAACAAAUUACAGAUCCUACUCAUGACCACUUAGUUUCUAGCACCUCUUCAGAAAAUGACACAGUUCCCACCAAGACACCCAAAAGUGUCACAACAGAUCCAGAACUUUCCACUGGGUUCUUCUCAGCUUCCACAUCUGAAAGUAACUUCAGCAACCCUGUCACUAAUCACGUUACUAUGGAAACAGCUACAGCCCAUAUCUCGAUUGCACCUUCUACUCCUAAAGAAACUUACUCCACCACCCUGACAAAUACAGCGUUAAACAGCAUGGAAACGAUCACGGUCUCUCCACAUAAGACUGUGUCACCUGAAAUGAACUCUGAUGGUUAUGGGAGAACUACAUUUCAGACCACCAUGGAAGCUGUUACAAGGUCCACAAAUACAGCUGGUGUUUCCUUGACAAAAAAUGAAUCUACUACAUCUUAUCAGGUCACAAUCGUGAAUGUCACAUCAACUAUCUAUAACCCAGGAGUGUCCCAAACAUCUCAAGAAGAUGACCACAGCACCACUCAGGUCACACAGCAUGAGGCCACAACUCUUGUUCAUAACCGCACAUCUUCUACAUCUCCAGAAAAUCACUAUGACACUAGUGUAGCAACUUCUCAUCAUAUCACCAUGAAAACUACUGUUGAUAUGCCUACAUCAACUUCUACAUCUCUAGAAAACUACUCUACCAUCCCUGAAAGUACCCCCAAUAAUAAUCUCACAGCAUUUCCAACAUCUGAAAAUUAUUUCUCCACACCAGCUUCAAAUUAUACUGCCUAUAUUCCUGUUGCAUCCUCUGUAACUCCAGCAGCGGGCUCCUCUACCCCUGUUGGCACAUCAACUGAAACAGUGACGACCUCUGUCUACAAUCCCACCAAAUCCACUACAUCUCCCACUGAUUCCGACACAACCUUCCCUCAAGGUCCUGCUACAACUCAAGGACUAGAAAGCACCUCAGUUACUGAGUCACCGGGACAAGGCACCAGUGAAAUGAGUGCUAACCAGUCAAUGAGUACCCCUGUAGAUCAAACAUCCAUGGCCAUGACAGAAAUUUCAGUGACUACAGUAGCAGGUCCAACUGGUUCCCUUGCAGAUGCCACCAGCACCAUGGCUACUGUGAUGAGCGAUCAAUCCACCAGCUCUACAUUCCCCACGACCACGAUGUCGGUGCCUAUCACCAACACGGGCGUCCCAGAACAAAGCAGCAGUAGUCCGAUUGUGCCGGUUACCGGAUCCACUACCGCACCAGCCACCACCAGACUUCCUGUCAGACCUGGAGGUUUCUGUCCCUCGAAUCCAUGUCCCUUUAAUAGCGUCUGUCUGGAGCUCAUCACCAGCUUCAGCUGCCUCUGUCUGGCUGGGUCGUACUUCUCCGGAGGGCUCUGCAUCCAAGCUAGAGUGUUUCCAGGAACGCUGCAUAUAAAAACGUUGGAGUUUCAGUCUGAAAUGAGCAACAGGUCAUCCCAGGCGUUUCAAGAAAUGGCGGCGAAGAUCUCACAAGAGUUGGGGGAUGCACUGACGGACCAGCCGGGGUAUGUAAAAACCAUUGUCCAGGAACUCAGAGAAGGGAGCGUAGUGGCCUCAGUAGACAACAUAUUCAAGCUCGGCUCCAACGCCACCAAGCAGUCCACCAUCAGCGCCAUACAUGCCGCCAUCCAGGACUGUGCUGGGAAUUGCGGCAUUCUGACCAUGGCACAUUUCAACGCCACAGACCUGUGCAAACAGGAGCCUGCCCCAUGUGACCUCCAGACGACCAAUUGCGUAUUUCAGGACAAUGGCACCGCCAAGUGCAUCUGCAAGGAGGGCUACAUCCCCUCCCUCUACUCCAACACCUCCUGUGCAGCAUGCCUCAGCGGCGAGAGAUCAGAAAACGGGAAGUGUGUUCCGUGCCCAUUUGGUUACGGUGGAUUUAACUGCCAUGACUCAUAUCUGUUGGCCAUGGUGGUGAUCUCCUGUGUGUUGGGCAGUCUGUUGCUCAUUCUUCUGCUGGCCUUCAUCAGUUACUGUCUGAGAAGGUCACCGCCGAAGUCCAGUUACAACAGCCCUUACCUGUCUGAUGAGAUGAGCUCCGUGUGGCCGCAGCAGGAUGUCACAAACAUCCCCCGGGCCAGCAGCAUCUGGGACCCGACCCAAAUAGAGAUGAUGGAGACCGCCAAUGCUGACUCCGAGCUGGGCAGCAAGUUGCAUGGAAAUGGCGCGACGGAGUCUUGCAGUGUUGUCCCUGAAGACAUGAGGACCUUCAAAGGGAAAAACUCUUCAAGAUACUCAUACCUGAUCCAAGGUCACCAAAAUCCAUACUUUAUUGCAGAUGAAAUGAAAAUAACCACAUAGCUUUUUCUUUAUUCAUUUUUAAAACUCAGGAGGGGAAUAUUCAGAUGGACACAGAAUGACCUGCUUUUCCUCUCGCGCAACACCAAGACACAUCCUCAAAUGAUAUAAUCAAGGCAGUAGAUAGUGUGUGUAAAAACAGUAGCAGAUGCAUCAAUGGUUUCUGUCCUAAUCCAGCGAAACCCAGGAGUAUUUGAUGAACAACCUGGCUGGCUCCAAUAUUGAUCCUUACUAACAGGUUACUCAGACUGAAUGGCACCUGUUACCAGUGUGAUUUAAGGGAACAGCUUGUAAACUGUGUAACCCAUCAAGAAUAUUUUCGUCUCGAGCAAUAUGCACAGCUAUUUUCGAGCCACCGUACAGUGCUGAUAAUGCGAUGAGAUGCAAUGCACAGUUUCAGCCAGAAGAUGUCACCAUUUUCACAUUUUUUUUAAUUUCUCCACACUGCUUUAUGUCUGUGGGGACGGUGGCCAUUUUUUUUAAUUUUUUUUUACUAGUGCUUCUUAUGUAUAAUUUGAUUAUGUCCGUUUGUUGUGUAUGAAUGACUGAAUUUCUUGCCGAUAAGCAGGGAAGUAAUUUAGCUGCUGUCGUGCAUUUAGUUAAUUGAAUUUAACGCCCUUUUGUGAGCGCGAUGCCUCAGCUGACGGGCAGUCUUCUGGCGCUAAGCUGUAGCAUUCCUCGCCGGAGCUCUGGACACGCGGCUUUGUCCUCUGGGAGCUGCUGAUUAGCGUGCGCCUGUUAUCGUGGUUUGCUUGAAAAAGCGUGGAGGAAACAUUUGAGCUUAUCAUAAAGUGUUUAUUCUGGUUGUGCCAACUAUGUACGUGUGCUUAGGGUCAAAGUCAAUGUAUGCGAGUUAUUUUCAUUUUUGUCCUGUACAUAAGCACUGUUUGCAUAAGGUCUGAGAUGUUGCUCUAUUUUUUAAAUGUACAUAAACCUUUUUAAGUCGGGCAGGCCUUUUUUUGGCAGAGUAUAAUGUUAGUGGAUGAGGAAAUAAAUCAAGAUAAUUUGCAGCCGC